CCUCCGCUCUGUCCCUCCCCGCGGCUCUCCCUCCCUCUCACUGCAGUCAAAGCUCGAUCCAGGAGAGUGUCAGAGAGGGUCGGGAGCUAGAUCUGAAGCAAAAACCGAGACCUCCAACAGAACAUCGCAUUUUGUCCGAAUAUCUGGCCACUGUUCGGCGGCAUCCACAGCCCCCCUCUGCCCCUCUUUUCCGUUUACAUCGCCUGGAUUUCAUCAUCCGAUCUGCAAAAUGGGAAAUGAAGCCAGUUAUCCCCUGGAGAUGUGCUCGCAUUUCGAUGCUGAUGAGAUUAAGAGGCUAGGGAAGAGGUUUAAGAAACUCGACCUAGAUAACUCAGGCUCUCUCAGCGUGGAGGAGUUCAUGUCACUGCCCGAGCUCCAACAGAACCCGCUGGUGCAGAGGGUCAUCGAUAUCUUUGACACGGACGGGAACGGAGAGGUGGACUUUAAAGAAUUCAUUGAGGGAGUCUCACAGUUUAGUGUUAAAGGGGACAAAGAACAGAAGCUCCGAUUUGCUUUCAGGAUCUACGACAUGGACAAAGAUGGCUACAUCUCCAACGGCGAGCUCUUCCAGGUGCUCAAGAUGAUGGUAGGCAACAACCUGAAGGACACACAGCUCCAGCAGAUCGUGGACAAGACCAUUAUAAACGCAGACAAGGACGGAGACGGCAGGAUAUCCUUUGAAGAAUUCUGUGCAGUGGUGGGAGGUCUCGAUAUACACAAAAAGAUGGUGGUGGAUGUGUGAGCAGCCGUGCUCGCUGCGUCCCUGGCCCUUCCUCCUUGACACUCGCUUUCUCCACCAUCUCUGAAGAUCUGCUCAAGACGUCCGGCAAAAUGCUCUGUGUAACUUAAUGGAAGUAUUCUCUCGUUCUUUCUUUUCUCUGUGAAGCCACUUUUUUUCUUUCAGAAAAACCACAGGCCUCGUGAAGCCAACUUCGAAGUGUUAUUGGACUGUCUAAUCCUCUCAAUAACCCGGUCGUAGCACUUUAAGAGACUGAAGGACAUCCAUGUGUCUGUUGCAGGAGCAUCUGACUUUGGAUGAGGGGGGAGAAAGUGGGGAAAUGGGGGCUCAGUGAAGAGGCUGGUUGGCUUGUUCAUAUUUCAUCCUUUCUUUUUUGUUAAUUGUUAUUUUUGAUAUUUAUUUUUGUUGUCUUUUAUAAAGAAUAAAAAAUAAGUAUAUCUGUGGUUGUCUCGUGAGGGGGAGUGUAUAGUAAAUCAACACUUGACUUACAGUACAACUAGAAAGUAGGGUAUGAAGUGCCAACCAGAACAUAUCCAGAACCAGUCCAAGUAAUUAACCCAUUUUUGCCGCUGACAACACUUCCAACUGUCACCACAUACAAAUCUAAAUUCUUUUUUUUUCUGGCAUUUUUGGUAUUCUGUUUUUACCUGUCUGGAUUAGAACAGCAACGCUUCCAGUCACACUUGGCAAAGCAACACAUGAUAGGUUUCUUUUUGUAAUACGUUUAAUAGUUUUAUUUAUACUUAACAUGUUUAUAUUGUUGGAGAUUAUCCUUGUUUGUCGUUAUGGAUUUAUAGAUAGAUAUGCCAAGAAAAUGUCUUUCCAAAAUGAUUUGUGGCUGCAACUGAUUAUAUGGUUUACUUGUGUUUCAAAGAAUUUUGCAUUUGUGCAUCCACAAGACAAUCUUAAUAGCGCUGCGUUCUUGUUAACUAACUCUUGGCUUGAUGAUUUUUUUUUAAGCUAAAUGCAGGUGCUGGAUGAUGUGGACUUGGCUAGGAACCUAUAAAAUGUGUGAAUAUACACUGUUUGUGCAAGUUUAUAGCAAUUUUAAGAGACUUCUCUGAAGGCAGCGUUUUUUAACCAGUAUGCGUUUGCUUUACAUGAGCCUUUGAAUUCAUACAUCUCUCAGUCCAAAGCAGGAUGGUACACUUUUCUUACGCAGAAAGACCUAAUACUAAAUGUCAACAUGGUCGUGGUUUCACAAAGGAGGUUUAAAAUUUAAUUCUGACAACCCAGUUUUCUGUUUCACUAAACAGGUUUGGAGCAGAGUUAGAAAACCCUGAGUUUAGCAGAGGAGACAAGAUUUUAUCAAUGGAUUCCAGGAAAGAGGAUUCACCAUGACAACGGUAAACCAGAGGAGGCUUUCAUCUUAGGGGGACAGCCAAGUCUUGUGAGUGGAUUGUGCUUUGGACAGAUCAGUCAGGUAUAAAGUAAUGUGGCUCAGCCCAUUCAAUUUAUCAUAUUUUUUUAUAUUUAAAUGUUUUAAUUAAAUUAGUAACAAUUUUAACAAAUCUAAGAUGUUGAGUGCUUUGUAGCUCAUUAAGCUUAAUUAUAACAAAUGUAAACUGUAAAUUAAUACAAGUCAAAUCAUUGAACUUCAGUCAAGCCUUAUUAAUUUGUGAAAUUGGUAUUGGUCCAAUCAGAGCUCUCCUUCAGGAGCAAACUCUGGUUAAACUUAGGGUUAGAGGAAUAAAACCUGCCCUGGACCAGGUUAGGUUCACAGUGAGUUACCAUGAUGACCGACUCAUCAUGAUUUAGGCUAACUGAAACUGAAAACUUUUUUCAGGGUUGACAAAGUCUGACUUUGGAUUAAACCUGCUUCUUGAAACGGGGCCAUGAUCAGUGUGCAGUGGGGUAGACUGUAUAUUUUUAUUUGAUUUUAAAAAAAAAAAUUAUUUUAUUGUGUACAUUUCAAAAGUUGGCUUCUCCCACUUAUAGUGUGUCACAAUCACCUCAUUUUCUCCCCCUACCUCCCACUACGACAAACAGGGAGAAACAAAACAUGAAUUUAACCAAAUUUUGAUUUAGAAGGGAAACUGCUUCCUACUCUAAAUGACUUUGGGAUAGCUUUUUGAGGAUGUUUUCAGUCCAAUAUAUGAAUCUGGAGUGCCCUGUUGUCCCUUAUCCCAAAGCUCUGCACGGCUUGGGCCUCCCUGUGCUUGCAUGACAUGAAAUAUAUUUUUUGUUGUGCAUGUAGAUCAAUUUUUGAAAUAAUCCUCUUGUUUACACAUGAAUGGUGAUGUUAAUAUAUUUAAAAUUAAAUCGUAUACAAUAUGGAUGUUGCCAAACUUUGGUAAAUGUACACAUAUUAUGAGAGGUAAUCCAAAUGAAAUGAACUUCAUGUAACUUUUUGUAUUUUAACAGGGUCAGCGAGAUGCUUCUAUUCCAGUAAAGUUGCAUAUCUGAUCCUGUCUCAAACUGCCACACACUGUACUCAGCUUAAAGGGGAAAUUUGAUGUUUAUUUUUCUUUCUUUUGUAUAUAAGUAUUUGUUAACUGCAGUUCUGGCUCUCUGUAUAGUUCAGACCGCGCUUUAGUUUGUAAGUGCUUUUUUUCUGAGGGACUUGGGAUCUUUAGUUUGUGUGGGGAUAUGAACAAUUUUCAGUUUGAGAACCUUUUAUUUUCCUUUUUCUGCAUGCUGCAUCUUAUGCUGUGGGACUGUUGGAAACUUGAUACUGUAUGAAAAUUAAAAUUUAAAUAAACUUUGAAAUGUUGGAAGUUCAAAA